AUGACAAACACUAAAAGUAAAAGCUCAAACUGGAUCAUCCACACUGAUGGCUCCAAGACAACUACUGGAGUUGGGGCAGGCAUUAUCAUCACAAACAAUAAAGGUAAACACGUCUAUCAGGCGAGCCUAAAAAUGGCUCCUCACUGCACCAUAACUCAAGCUGAGUUGUGGGCUGUCAACAGGUCAUUAGCCUAUAUUGAUACUAAUAUGAACAACUCCAAAAAAACAAUAGAAGUAAAUGUAGACAGUAGGGUGGUGUUACAUACUCUAAAUAACCAAAGAAAAAACUCAACUUUAGCUAAGGAGGCAAUACAGCUAGCCCAAAGAAUAGCAGGCACAAAUAACUUAAUUAUUCAAUGGAUGAAAGCUCAUGGGGGUCAUGAGGGAAAUGAAAGGGCCGACAAACUAGCGAAAAAAGCUGCAACUACCGAUUCCAAAAUUACGUAUAGUAGGGUUCCUAAGACUGAAAUACACAAUCACCUUCAUGAAAUUGUCGAAGAACUGUGGCAAAGGGAGUGGGAGAUCUCCAACACUGGGAGAAGCUGUUACAACUUCAUCCCAAGGAUACAGGAUAGGAAAAAAAUAAGACAUUUAAACCAGGCUAUGAAAUCACCCAGUGCUUUACUGGGCAUGGAAACUUUGGAUCAUACCUUUUCAGAUUUGGUAAGGCAACAACAAACACAUGCGAGACCGACAACAUUGAAGACAACGUAA